CUAUCUUCCCAUUCAGAUCGGGAAUUCGUGACUUCCCUACUUAAUUCGUUACGUUUCGGUGCCCGCAUUGGUUUUGAUGGCACCCAAAAGUCUCGUGUUUCACCUAAUCUGAUUUCAGCUCGGGUGCACCCUGAGAUAAUUUCAAAAAACAUAGAAAAAGAGGUCAACUUAGGUCGUAUGGCAGGCCCGUUCUCCGCGCCCCCAUUACCUAACUUUCAAUGCCACCCAGUUGGGGUAGUGCCCAAAAAACAUUCGGCCGACUGGCGCACUAUUUAUCAUUUAUCUUUCCCCGAGGGAGAUAGCAUUAACGAUGGAAUUCCUAAAGACCCUUACUCACUCCAGUACGUUAGAGUGGACGACGCUAUUAGCAUUCUCACCUCACUCGGCAAAGGUGCCUUUAUGGCAAAAACCGACCUCAAAUCGGCGUUUCGUCUAAUUCCAAUACACCCGAACGACUGGAAUUUACUGGGGGUCCGUUGGGAGUCUCGUUAUUAUGUGGAUUUAUAUUUGCCUUUUGGUUUACGCUCGGCGCCGUUUUUAUUUAAUCAACUCUCCGAAGCGCUAGAGUGGGUUCUUAAACAUAAUUACAACGUUCGUAAUGUUAUUCACAUAUUGGAUGACUUCUUUGUAGCGGAGUCAUCUAAACUAGGUUGUUUAGAGAGUUUCACAAGACUGCUUAAAUUCUUUAUCUCAGUGGGGGCCCCUGUUGUGGCUUCCAAAACAAUCGGUCCUAGUACAACACUUGAAUUCAUGGGAAUCGAGCUCGAUACCCUACGUAUGGAGGCGCGCUUACCUUCCGAUAAAUUAGAACGUCUUAAAGCAUCCUUGCGGGAUUUCAAGCGAAAGCGUUCCGCUCGCCUCAUAGAGCUUCAAUCCUUAAUCGGCACUUUGCAAUUCGCCUGCCGCGUUGUUGUUCCGGGUAGAACUUUCCUUCAGCGCAUCAUAGAUCUCACGCGUCGGGUAAAUCACCGAUUUCAUCACGUCAAAUUGAGCCACGGUUUCUUUCAGGAUUUAGCAAUUUGGCAGCAGUUUACGGAGAACUGGAACGGCAAAGCUUUCUUCCUCGAAGAAGCAAUCCGUACCAGCCCGGAUAUGGAACUCUAUUCCGACGUUAGCGGUAGUAUCGGUUUCGGCGGUUACUUCUCUGGGCGCUGGUUCCAAGGCCGAUGGCCGCCUCACCUCGCCAUAUCCAAAAAGACAGGCAUUAGUAUCGAAUGGCAAGAAUUAUUUCCUAUAGUAGUAGCCUGCUCCCUAUGGCGCUCCGAGUUCUCGGGCAAGCGAAUUCAGUUCUGGUGUGACAAUCAAUCAGUCGUUCACAUUGUCAACACAGAUGGCACGAUUCAGAGAGCUCGCACCGGCCGCGGACCAGACCCCUUGUGUCAUCCCGCCUUCGCUAAUGACCCUCUAACGCGCGAGGUGAAACACUACGCUGAUAAGGCCCUUGCUAUCAACACCAAGCGCACUUAUCACGCAGGCGAGAAACAGUUCAUUGACUUCUGCCUCAUGAAUAGGCUUUUUGACAGCCACGGGGACAUUCUCCCAGCUAGUGAGAGUACUCUUAUCUAUUUUGUUACCUUUCUCGCGCGUAGAGUAAAGCACGGUACUAUUCGCACAUACUUGGCGGCCGUUCGCAACAUGCACAUCGAAAACGGAUUCCAGGACCCUAUACAGGGUCGCCUAAUUUUAAACAAGGUUUUGCGGGGCAUUUUACGGGUGCAGGGUCAGCACAAAACAGCUCGUCAACCCGUAACUCCACAGCUCUUAAAAGCCAUUCGUCCGGUUUUGCUUAGCUGGCUAAGCGCACAUGAUUUCCAUAUGAUUUGGGCGGCAUUCACACUUGCCUUUUUUGGUUUUUUACGUUGUAGUGAGUUUACUUGCCCGGGCGUACGCAACUUUGACAUAGUUUAUAACUUAUCUCCAGUCGACAUAAAUUUCCACCCUAACCCUUUAGCACCGCUUUACAUGAAAGUCGCCAUUAAGGCAUCAAAAACCGACCCUUUCAGGCAAGGCACCGUUUUGACAAUCGCACGCUCCGGUUGCGACCUAUGCGCCGUGUCCGCCAUGCAAGAGUUUGUUCGCAUCUGUGGGUACACAACAGGACCACUUUUUCGGUUUCGUUCCGGUAAAUACCUAACUCGGUCAUUGGUCUCUAGCAUUCUUAGAGACGCAGCACGCGCUUGCGGCCUUCCUCAUAGCAGUUUAAAGGGGCACUCAUUUAGAAUUGGGGCGGCAAGCUGCGCUGCCGCUGCAGGCCUGCCCGACUGGCUUAUCAAAGUGCUUGGUCGUUGGUCCUCUGAUUGCUACCAGCUUUACGUACGUACACCACAAAACAUUUUAUUAACUGCUGCACCAAAAAUGGCGAUAGUCCAGCCUGUCACUCUGACUUAAGCAUUGUUGUUAUUGCGCUUGGGGGGAUGCAUUCUGCAUCUUGUGGCGGUUAGUUCUGUCUGACGACUUCCCCAAGCGGGGUUUGUUUGCUAUAAGGUGUGCUUGUGCGUUUGUGGACCAGCCAAUACUCUCGUCCGAUCCUUCACGCGGAGUGUAGGGGAGAUGAGUGAGGCCUAAAGGUCAUAUGCUUACACUACAGUUGCUACGUCACGCGCUAGUCGUCACGUCACGCUAACUCGCUUUCGAUCGGUCUGUCUCCCCCCAUAUUCUGCCAUAGUCGUGCCUAGUGUAUUCAUUGCGUUGCAAAGCGGGCAUUUCCUUUUCACGCGUAAAGCGACAUUAAUCCAAAAUUACCGUCACCACUAGGGACGGUAAUUUCAGUUAAUGGAGCCGGAGCCAGGCUCAAAGGUCACUCGUAAAUGAUAUCGUACGAGUACACGUAUCAUGCUACGAUAGCACAGGUAUUACUCAAUAUGUUUCACGUGAGAUACCUUACUAUACACGUUCUUAAUUCUUAUUGGUCGCUAUCUACCUAUAUAAAGCGCCACACCUAAAGUAAAGUCAUUCGCUCUUUCGCUUCAUAAGCUACGGGUACUGUAAAGAAACAUUUGCCCACCCUCCCUCCCUUUUACUGACAGGUUUCUUUGUGUGUACAGGCAGUGUUAGCUUGGCGAUCAACUGUAAACAAGUAUUAACUUAAUCAUUGCUUUAUUAUUGUAAUAAACCGGGGAGUAUCUCCGAGAGUCUGCGGUUAGUUUUGUCUGACGACUUCCCCAAGCGGGGUUUGUUUGCUAUAAGGUGUGCUUGUGCGUUUGUGGACCAGCCAAUACUCUCGUCCGAUCCUUCACGCGGAGUGUAGGGGAGAUGAGUGAGGCCUAAAGGUCAUAUGCUUACACUACAGUUGCUACGUCACGCGCUAGUCGUCACGUCACGCUAACUCGCUUUCGAUCGGUCUGUCUCCCCCCAUAUUCUGCCAUA